AUGGCAUCUUCAAUCGAUCACCCUUUACUAGUGACUAUACCAGUAAAUAAUAAUUUGAUUGAACAAGCGUAUCGUAUGCUUGAAAGCAAAUACAUUCAUCGUCAACAAGAUGAUUUUAAUGUUGUUACAAGCACGAUUAAACAUUCGGAUAUGGAUAAGUACAUUGAAACUUUACUUGAACAACACAAAAACGCAAACGAAGAAGUUAAGAAUUACAUUCAGCGAUUAAAAUUUAUCUCAGAAGGGACAAACAUGGCGAAAGCUUUGGUCACUGGUACGAAAACUCACAUAUCUGUUUAUGUUUUUGUUACAAGCCGAAGAAAAACAAAUACAAGCGAUGAUCACAAGAUUUUGAUUGCUUCAAUGGAAAAAAACAUUUGA